UCAGACCUGGACCUAGCACCUAAAUGGAGCCACAGACGAUCAGAGAGGGAUAUCUAGUUAAAAAGCGUACACUUUUGAACACUUGGAAUGUGGUGUGGGUGGUGUUGUCGGAUGAUGGGGUGGAGUUCUACAAGAAGAAGACUGACAGCAGUCCCAAAGGAAUGUUCCCGCUGAAAGGGGCCAAGCUCACCAGCCCUUGUCAGGACUUCAGCCGAAAGAUGCUGGUCUUCAAGGUCACCACAGCAAGUAAACAAGACCAUUACUUUCAGGCCUCCCAUCUGGAGGAGAGAGAACUCUGGACCAAAGACAUCAAGAGGGCCAUCACCUGUCUGGAUGGUGGCAUGAAAUUCACAAGGAAGUCGACACGGAGGUCCAUUCGGUUGCCUGAAAAUGUGAAUCUGAAUGAGCUAUAUGUCUUAAUGAAAGACCCAGACUCAGGAUUGAAAGAGAUGACACUUGAGAAGGAGAAAAGAGUCUUCAAUCAAUGUUUCACUGGGAGCAUGGUGCUCGACUGGCUGGUGUCCACGAACCACGCCAGGAACAGGCAUGAGGGGCUGAUGUUGGCCACCGGGCUCCUCAAUGAGGGCUUCCUGCAGCCAGCUGGUGAUACAUCCAAGAGGGCAGCCACAGCCACAGCCGAAUCAGCCCUGCUGGACCAGAAUGAUGCAAUCUAUUACUUUGCAGACAGUGGCUUUUUCUGUGAAGGGUACUCCAGUGAUGAGGAUGUGAUCACAAAGGAGGAGUUCAGGGGGAUCAUCAUAAAGCAGGGGUGUUUGCUGAAACAGGGGCAUCGCAGGAAAAACUGGAAGGUGCGCAAAUUCACCCUAAGGGAUGAUCCUGCGUACAUGCACUACUAUGACCCCACAAAGGCUGAAGGGGAGCCCCUGGGCUCCAUCCACCUGCGUGGCUCGGUGGUAACUGCUGUAGAAUAUGUACCUGAUGCAAAAAAGCAUGACGUGUCUGGAAAUCUCUUUGAAAUCAUCACAUCAGAUGACACCCACAUUUUCUUGCAAGCUUCCACAGCAGAGGAACGCAAAGAGUGGAUUCAAGCAAUUCACACCGUGUCCAAGACUGGAAAAUAA